AUGCUGCCCGAGUCACCCAGGUCUUCCACGCAGUCCGCAAGCGCGGCAGAGUCACCUGUGUACUCAUCACCAAGGGCACAUCUGCGGAACGUUCCUGGCGGUCGUCUACCGCUACCCGCCAAUGCUGACGCGGCUGCUGGUCUACAUCAAACCAAGGGAAGCAUCGCCGAUCCGUGGUUCCUGGAACCAUCAUCUUGGGAGAUCGACUUCAAGGCAGUCGGGGAGGAUGAUCGCAUCUGCUACCCUGACUCGGGGCUUGACAAUUUUAUCGCCCAAAUGAGGUCGUGGCUCGACCAGUGGACGAGCGAAAAUCGAUGCCCAUUCAUUCACUCAAGGCUGUACGGCUCCAACAUCCCAAGCUCGCUGCAGCACGGGCUUGCAGCCUGGCAGGUGUAUCGGGCGGCGACAACCCCGACGAGUGAGAGGAUAGCGCUGCGCAUGGCAGAGAGCUGGUCACAGAAUAUCGUCCAGGAAAAAGCCUUAUCGGACAAUCUUCACAACGCUGGCGAGCUGCCCGACCUUUUGGAACAGCUCGGCCGCACGCAGGCGCUACUAAUUUUUCAGGUGAUUGGGCUCUUUGACGGCGAUGUGAGAGCCCGCGCCAAGGCAGAAGGCUUGCUUUCCAUAGUCUCCCGGUGGGCUAACGAGCUCUUGGGGAUCGCAGGGGCCCAAGUCUCCUCUGACCAUCUCGAGAACCCCGAUGAGCUAUUGAACAGUCCUCAGAUCGAUCGGCUGCGCUCCUGCGGCACGCCCGCCUCGACCUGGAAGGCGUGGAUUUUGUCCGAGUCAAUUCGUCGACUCUGGAUUGUUGCCACGCUGACGGAGGCUGCGUUUCUCAUCCACCAGCAGGGCUUUGCGACCUGUCCAGGGAGUAUCAGCUUCACGGCGAGAAGUGGACUGUGGGAUGCGCCGUCACACCACGCGUGGCUCGCAGGCUUGACGAAGAGCAACACCGUCAAAAUUCCCGUCUUUUGCCGACGUCUGGACACGCUGCUGGAUGAAGCAAGGGCUUUGGAUGUCGACGAGUUCACCCAAACUGUCCUCGCCUACGGACGUGGGCGCGAGGCAGUGGAGGAUUGGGUGGCCGGGUAA